AACAAAGACCACGCCCAUUUAGUUACCGGCCAAUAUAUUAUAACCACUGCCUUUAGUUUUCCCUCCGAGAACGCCCUCCUCUGACCUCAAAGACCAAACCAACCAAACAGAAAAAUUGAGAGAGAAAGUGAGGGAAAGUGAAAGAAAACAGAGACAGAGACAGAGAGAUAGACAGCAAAAAAUAAAAAUAACCUCAUAACCUUACCGCUGCUGACUGACAAAGUAGAGAGAAGAGAGGCGGAGAGAGAUGAAGCACAUUUUUAAGAAGCUUCACAUAGGAAGCAACCACGACCCCAGCCGAUCGAACGAGCCCUCGACCUCCGUAGCGUCGCCAUCAUGCGCGGCAGAUCACCGUACAGUUUCUGGUCAGACAUCUGGAAACCCAACGGGGAGUCCUCCAUCGUCUUCGCCGACGCCGGCGAGCACCGUACAAACUCCCGGAGCUGCCACUGUGGACUCGACGACGACUGUGAAUCGGCCAGACUAUAUGAUGUCGGAGGAGGAUUUUCAGGUCCAGCUCGCCCUAGCGAUCAGCGCCUCCAAUUCGGACUUUCGCGAUGAUCCGGAGAAGGAUCAGAUCCGUGCGGCGACGCUGCUGAGCUUGGGCGGCCAUCAGAUCGAUUCGUCGAGAGAUAAGGUUGACGCGGCAGCUGCCGAGACCUUGUCGAGGCACUAUUGGGAGUGUAAUGUGCUGGACUAUGAGGAGAAAGUGGUUGAUGGAUUUUAUGAUGUAUAUGGACUUUCCACAGAUUCAGCAAUUCAAGGAAAAAUGCCUUCUCUUACAAAUCUCGAAACAAACCUUGGGAGUUCUGGAUUUGAAGUUUCAUUAGUAAACCGAACAGUUGAUCCUGCCUUGGGAGAGUUGGUGCAAAUUGCACAGUGUAUUGCAUUAGACUGUCCUGUCACCAACGUUAGUGUUUUGGUACAGAGGCUUGCUGAACUCGUUAGUGGACACAUGGGUGGGCCUGUAAAGGAUGCUAAUAUCAUGUUAGCGAGGUGGAUGGAAAGAAGCAGAGAGUUGAGGACAUCUCAGCAAACAAGUGUAUUGCCUAUUGGGUCCAUAACCAUUGGCCUCUCCCGACAUCGUGCUUUGCUUUUCAAGGUAUUAGCUGACAAUAUCAAGAUGCCCUGCAGACUGCUUAAGGGUAUUCAUUACACUGGUGUUGAGGAUGGUGCUGUUAAUGUAAUAAAGUUGGAGGAUGACAGGGAGUUUCUGGUUGAUCUCAUGGCUGAUCCUGGAACGCUCGUACCAACUGAUAUUCCAAGUGCAAAGGACACUGCCUUUCAGCCAUACCAUCCAAACUUAAGCAAAAAUCCUACUGUCCAUUCUUAUAUCGAUACAGAAGUUGCGUACUCAGGACCAAAGCCAUUGCAUGGAGAGGGUAGCAGCCAAAACUCUGCAGCUGAAAGCAGUUUAGCGUUGGAGAGAAGACCAAUUUCAGAGAAUAUAGAAUCAUUGCCUACAUUCCCGGGUGCAAGUAGUGACACUGGAGUUGGUUCUUCUAGAAUACCCAAUAGAGGGACUCAGUUAGAUCAUCUUCCCUCAUCAGCCUUCGAAAAUUACAGAGGGAGUCGUGGGGCACAUGCAGUUGAAGGUGUGACAAGGAUGAAUGUAAAUGUAGUUCCAUAUACUCAAAACAACUCGGAGGACUCAAAGAACCUUUUUGCCGAUCUUAACCCAUUCCAAAUCAAAGGACCUGGGAAAGCUUCUAUGUAUAACAAACCUGUGGAGAACAAAGUUGAAGAGCUUCAGAGACAGAGAAAUAAUGUUGCGUCUGGUCGACCUCCUGCAUCAUUAAUGUGGAAAAAUAAAUAUGCUUUCAAUGAAGUCCCUAAAAGAAAGGAGAAUGAUAAUUACAUGGAUGGUAUCUUCCCAAGAGUUAAUCGCGAACCUAAUGGGUAUAAUCCAUCAUCUGCAGCUUCCACCAGCUCUACUGUAUCUGAACAGAUCAAUCCUGGUGGUUUCAAAUCAACUGCUCAUUCAAAUAUGUCAGAUAGAGAUGGCGAUGCCAAAAAUUAUAGGGGGGAACAACCCAGGGCUAAAGGUUAUUUACAGAAUGGCGCAAUAGAUGUUAAUGAACAUCAGAACAAUGAAAUUGGCUUCCAUGAUCCUAGAAAGUUCACGCAUGACAGAUUUAUGGAGACCAAUCUGAAACUGAAGGAUCCAGAAAGUUCUAGCUCAUCUUUUGAUUCCAUUUCGAGCAGGGUUGAUCAAGUAUUUGAUGAUGUUGAUGUAGGUGAAAGUGAAAUUCCGUGGGAAGAUCUGGUUAUUGGAGAAAGGAUUGGACUAGGUUCAUAUGGAGAGGUAUACCAUGCUGAUUGGAAUGGCACGGAAGUUGCUGUGAAGAAGUUCCUAGACCAGGAUUUCUCAGGUGCUGCUUUGGCUGAGUUCAAAAGAGAAGUGCGAAUAAUGCGUAAACUGCGUCAUCCAAACGUUGUGCUUUUUAUGGGUGCUGUUACACGUCCUCCUAACCUCUCUAUCAUUACAGAGUUCCUUCCAAGGGGAAGCCUAUAUCGGAUUAUCCAUCGCCCUCAUUGCCAAAUUGAUGAGAAACGUAGAAUAAAGAUGGCUCUUGAUGUGGCAAGGGGUAUGAAUUGCUUGCAUGCCAGCACACCCACCAUUGUUCACCGGGAUUUGAAAUCUCCAAAUCUGUUGGUUGAUAAGAACUGGAAUGUGAAGGUCGGUGAUUUUGGAUUGUCACGCUUGAAGCAUAAUACUUUCUUGUCAUCCAAAUCAACUGCUGGAACGCCUGAGUGGAUGGCACCGGAAGUUCUCCGCAAUGAAAACUCAAAUGAAAAGUGUGAUGUGUAUAGCUUUGGAGUCAUUUUGUGGGAGCUUGCUACUCUAAAAUUGCCUUGGAGUGGGAUGAACCCGAUGCAAGUUGUAGGUGCAGUUGGUUUUCAGAAUCGUCGCCUUGAGAUACCUAAGGAACUGGAUCCCCUUGUUGCAAGGAUAAUAUUGGAAUGUUGGCAGACCGAUCCAAACUUGCGUCCCUCGUUUUCAGAGCUCACGGUAGCUCUCAAGCCUUUGCAGCGGCUCGUCAUUCCAUCGAAUCUUGACCACCCAAGCUCACAUUUACGGCAAGAAAUCUCAGUAAAUUCCACACCUUGAAAAGCCUCUCUCCCAACUGUGAAUAAGAAGACAUUCCGGUUCUGUGCUUUUGAGUUAGGAUAGGAUAAAAACUCUCAAACGAAAAAUCAGAAAGAGUGAGAAUGGAGAGAGAGAAAAAAAGCAUGUACCUCAAUUGUAUUAUUUAAUGCAUGCCCAGCUACUGUUGCCCAAAGAUUGCAGCAGGGUCCUUUUUGUACAGAAUUCAUAGUAAAGUUCUCAAAGAAAACUGGAUUUGUAAUUUAUGUGUUAAUAAUA